GAAGUAAUUCCUAUUAAUAAUCUGUGGAUUGUAUCUGGGAUUUUCGAAUCAUCGAUUUCAGUGCCCAUUUUUCCAUUGAAUCUUGUGCUCGUUUCGGAACCUCUUUCACCAAGUGCUAACUGCUGAACACAGACUUUUAACUUGAAUAAGUCUAUUGAGUUAUAUCUAAAUAGACUUCUUCUGUGUUUACAAAUUUUUGAUUUACUCCACGUCAAGACGUACGUAAUAUUAUUAUUCAUGAUUUGCAUUAAAAAUUUAACUACAUGCUUCAAAUAAUUAAUGUUGGAUUCAAAGAUUUCAAAUAUAAAUCUUUGUUACGAUAAUCGAUCGACAACCUAAAAAGAUUGUUUGAUAACCUUGGAAUAAUAGGAAACACCCCUUUGUGGGGAUAAUCCAAAAUGGAUGAUUUAUAUAUUGCUGUUGUGUGUUCUUCCAAUAUGAAUAGAAGUAUGGAAGCGCAUGCCUUUCUUGCUAAAAAAGGUUUCAAGGUUAAAUCAUUUGGAACUGGGGAUAAAGUGAAGCUGCCAGGGACAGCAGCUGACCGUCCUAAUUGCUAUGAAUUUGGUAUUUCCUACGAGUUUAUUUACAAUGACUUGGUAGAAAAAGACAAACAGUACUACACGCAAAAUGGUUUACUGCAUAUGUUAGACAGAAACCGUAGAAUUAAACCAUGCCCGGAAAAGUUGCAAUUGUCUUCAGAACGUUUCAAUGUUAUCAUAACUUGCGACGAGAGGGUGUACGAUCAGGUAAUCGAAUGGUUUGGGUCCAAGAGGUCAAUCUAUAACCAAGCUGUGCAUGUUGUUAACAUAGACAUUCAAGAUAACCACGAAGAGGCAACUAUUGGAGCUUUCUUAAUCAGCGAUAUUGUUACGAAAAUGGCGAAGAGUGAAGAUCUUGAUGAUGAUAUUGAUGAGCUGCUGCACAGUUUUGAGGCUAAAUGCAACCGACAAUUGCUCAACUGUGUCAUGUUCUACUGAGCUGAAAGUCUUUAUUUUAUUAUCAGGCAGUUUGUAGGGACUCUACAAUUAAACAGUAAGAACUCAAUUGAUGUGUAGUAAUAUAUAAAUAAUAUUGUAACUGUAUUUGAUGUCUAUGUCAUGACUAGUGGGGGUCUACUAUUGCUUUAUUUUCAAGAGUGACAUCACCUCUCCAGCAUCCAAUGCGACCCUCAUGUUUCCAUCAUUUGCAAGAAUGAUGUUACAUUGUUACUUGAGCUCUGAAUCUUGCUAAGGAGCAAAACUUAUUGAUUGAUUAUUUAAAUAUUUCUGUGUUGACAUAUCUUGGCUUAGACAAAAAACCCUCAUAGCGAAGCCUGCCAACAAUGGAUGGAUGCAAAUGUAGAGAGCCAUAUUAUAAGACCCAUAAAAAAAAAAACAAAGGAGGCUCAUUCAAAACAUGCCAUAAGUUGGGCAUGACGCAGACUCAGCAGUUGGAGAUAGUAAAACAACAGGAAGAUGCUAUGGAUAUAGACAGGCAUACUAGGCAACCAUGACUGGAGUGACUAACUUGGUUGCACUUGAGUGUCCUUGAAUGUGAUCAUGAAUAGCAAAGGACUAUAAACUAAAUUGACAACAGCAGUUAAGCAAAAUGUGAAGAUGAAGAACAGGAAUUCAAGGAAAUCUUUGCCAAAAUAUGCAAGAUAUUUUACUAAUAUUUGAAAUACUUGAUAAUACCAACAAUGAAAGAAGUGAACGCAAUUUAAGAAACCAAUUCAGAAAACAUCACAUUUCUUUCAAACUGGGAUGGUUUAAUGUGUCAGAUCUUGCAAAGUGACACAAUUUUUUUUUUUUAUUGAACAAAAGUCGAGUGAAACUGCUUACUAAAUCAGCACUUACUUAAAAUUUAAUAAAUAAUCAAUUUUCCUGACAGCAUUAGCCCAUGAUCUGCUUUCAUGGUUAAUAUAAUAGACUGGUCUUACAUACGCAACAUUAGCAAUGCAAGAAUUGUUGUGCACACUUGUCCCGUGUAUGCAACAAAUUGACAUUAGACGCUGUUGUUAUUUUGAAAGGACUAUUUGUUUAUGUAGUGCUGCGUGUCACUUUGAGAAACACUGGUGACUCAUGUGGGAUAGCCUACAAUGCUUGGGGUCACCACCUUUUCAUGGCAAUCUGGACAUUGAAGGUUGACAUUGCGUGCAAGGUGUGUGAUUUUGUUGCAUAUGAUAACUGUAUUUCAAUUGCAAAGAAUUUCAUAUGAAAUCAAGUCCAUAUCAUAAUGUAUCUGUUACUGUAUUUGUUGUGUGCGUGGGACCAAGUCUUUUAGCUUUUUAAUACAUACAUAUUCAGUGUGUAAAUCUUGAGUGAAUGUAUUACAAUGUGUUUAAGUGCCUAUAGACAGCCUGCUUUUAAAUUGUCUGUAUGUGUCAACCUACCACAAAAUUGAAUUUGGAUACUGAUGAUCAUGUAUUAUCAUGUAAUAAGUUUGUGUCAAGUGUGUUAUAUCAGAGAGCUGAAUAAUGUAAUUGUGGGAAUCUACAUUGUGUGUAUCAAUCUACUGUAUGGCCAUACUUAACAGUUCAGACUCAACUGAUGGUACUAAAGAAUGCUUAAAAUACUGACUAGUAAUACUGCACUGGAAACAAAAGUCUACAACACAAACAACAAACCUAUAGAAUGGCACUAUUAUAAACUUUAUUGUUACUCAAGGUUCUCUUAUGCAAAAUUGACAUGACAGUAGCUUGUUGAAUUUAAACAUAAUAUUAGAAUAUGUUUAAUGUGUAAUAGCUUUUUUGAACAAUAAAUAUAGCGCUAUAGUAGGCCUAUAUACAUUACUUGUGUACCCUAUAUAGUUAUUAAUUAAAAAAUGUUUUCAAUGGUGGUUAAUGAAUGAAGUGCGGAGAAAAUAUAUAAAUGUGCCGUACUUUAUUAGAGUAAGGGCAUAUUUAAACAUUUUAAACUUUAAUUUGCAGAGACAUGAAAAUUAUUUACUUUGUUAUCUCUUUUGUUAGUUAUAAGUAGGAAUUAAUUGUACUUUUAAGUAGGUACUUAUUUUUUGUUAAGAUUAAUUUUGACAUUCAAGACAUUCAAUAUCCCAUGGAAUUCAAUUUCUUAUUUUACAACAAUCCUUGUUAUUAUUGACAUAACUUAAGUGUAUCAUAAUUAUAUAGUGCACAAAGUUUACUCUGUAUUGUAGUUCAAGAUAUCAUUUGAGGUUGCUUCUUGAAAUCCAGAAUAGUUGCUUACGUUCAAUGAGCAGUAUAGUACAUAUAUUUACAUAAGUAGGUACCUACUUGAAUAAUUUUUUGAAAUAUAAUUAUUAAAUCAUAACAUAACAUAACUUUAAUAAAAUAAUUCGAUUUUUUGGAAAAAAUAGUAAACAGGGACAAGUGGGGAACUAUGAAACGCGGAGCACAAUGUAACAAUGUACAUAAAUACUUCAGUUUUUCUAACUGUUGCCUAUUCUGAGGAUCAAUUGUGUAAUUGAAUGGAACGAAUUCAACGCAAUUCUUGGUUAUGGCUUUUGCCUGUGCCACUCAAUCACACGGUACUUCGUCAAUGUCUUGUAGAUGGGAAAGGCACGAAGAAGGUUGAUCGAUGAAACUAAUGACAAGUUAAUUUUGAGAAUGGAAGGAAAGAAAUUUUUUUUGUAUUAAAAAAAAAAGUUUUUUUUAUAAAUCAAAUUGUUUUUAGCGGCCUGUACUACAAAGGGUGCCAAGGGCUAUUACUUAGUCUCUGUUAUUCGUCAGUCAGCGAGCUCUAGGUAUCUCAUGAGUCGUAUAAGGUCAGUUGAAAUUUCACAUAGGUAAUGUGAUUAUUCUUUUGCCGAUAUACUUUGAACACAAUACAUAUGAAAUAAAGUUGACAUAUGAGGGGAAACCUUGAUCCAAAUUCAAGAAACUUGUUUUUUUUAGCUAGAUCUGAGUAGUUGAAAUUCUAGAAUUUUAUUAGGUAUAUUGUUACUGACUUUCGUUUCAUUGUGCCCCACUCGUCCGUAUUCCAAAAAUGGCAUGUUUUGCUUUUUGUUAAAUAAUUUACUAGCACAAAAUGUGUCACGUAUUAUACUUAGAAAUGUAUACUAUAUUACAUAACAGUUUAAGACUAUUUAUAAAAAUAAAUAUUAUAGC